CCCCGCUCGAGCCCGCCCUCCGGGUAGCCACGGCCGGGCCUCGCUAAUAGCCAAUAACAGCAGCGGCCGCGGCUCGGUGGGAGUGUCCCCCGCCCGGGGCCGGCAGCAGCAGGGCUCUGGCACACCCCCUGCAGCCGCCACCGCCACCGCCGAGCGCCGUGUGGAGCGAGCCCGGCCCGGGCCUGGCCCGCGGGGACCGCAGCCGCCCGCUGCGCGCGGCGGGAUAAAUGCGUCCGAGGCGGCGCGGGCGCCCAGGGCAGUGAGCGGGAGGCCGCCCAGCCCCGCCCCGCCCCGCGCUCUCCGUGCCCCGGCGGGGCCUGCAGGCGGCCCCAUGGCUUUCACCCGGAAGAGGCGGCAGGAGCAGCAGCUCUACUCCAAGGAGAGGUUUUCGCUGCUCCUUCUUAAUCUGGAGGAAUAUUACUUUGAACAGCAUACAGCUAAUCAUAUUAUAAAGAAAGACUGCAGAGAUGAAAGGAAAAUCAGAGGUUCACUAAAAAUCUGCUCAAAAUCAAUUAUUUUUGAACCAGAUGAGAAAAUCCAGCCCAUUAUUAAGAUCCCAUUGCGAGACUGUAUUAACAUAGAAGCACCAGAAAAUAAUGAAGAAAAUAACUCUUUCACCUGGUAUACAUCUGGAGUGAUUUCUGUUGUAUCCAAUCAGGCUUUUCUCAUUAAAGAACAAAACAUUAUUGCACCCUAUAAAACUGAAAGAGGUAAAACUGAAUACCUCUUUCAGUUGGAUGUUGCUGGGAAGACAGAUGAUGUUAUACAGACUCUACUUCAGCUCAAUCGGGCCUCUCACCUGGACAAGCUGGGAGAUCAAGCUGCCAUGAUAACUGCUAUAUUGCAGUCACGUUUGGCUAGAACAUCAUUUGAUAAAAACAGAUUUCAAAAUGUUUCUGAAACCUUGCAUAUGGAAUGUGAAGCAGAAAUGGUGACACCACUGGUGACUAAUCCGGGGCAUGUAUGCAUCACUGAUGCAAACUUGUAUUUCCAGCCUCUUAAUGGGUAUCCUAAACCUGUGGUUCACAUAAAGAUGCACAAUGUCCGUCGCAUCUACAAAAGAAGACAUGGUCUAAUGCCAUUGGGCCUAGAAGUAUUUUGCACGGAAAAUGACCUGUGUUCUGACAUAUAUUUAAAAUUCUACAACUCUCAAGAUCGAGAUGAGCUCUAUUUCUAUAUUGCAACAUAUCUAGAAAAUCAUAUUACAGAGCAGACAGCUGAGAGUUACAUGUUGCAAUGGCAGCGAGGUCAUAUUUCAAACUACCAGUACCUUCUUCAUCUCAACAAUCUGGCUGAUCGGAGCUGCAAUGAUCUCUCCCAGUAUCCUGUAUUUCCUUGGAUCAUAGCAGAUUAUUCUAGUUCGGAAUUAGAUUUGACAAAGCCUGAAACAUUCCGGGACCUUAGUAAACCAGUUGGUGCCCUGAAUAGGGAAAGGCUGGAAAGACUACUGACACGUUAUCGGGAAAUGCCAGAGCCUAAAUUUAUGUAUGGCAGCCACUACUCGUCUCCAGGUUAUGUUCUGUUCUAUCUUGUUAGAGUUGGUAAGAUUGCUUUCAUUGCAAGUCUUUUUAUACCUGGUGGGUUUGAAAAUAGUAGCAUUUGGACAGAUCUCACUUCCAUUCUUAUCUCCCCAGCACCAGAGUACAUGCUUUGUUUACAAAAUGGAAAGUUUGAUCAUGCUGACAGAACGUUCAAUAGUAUUGCAGAAACCUGGAAAAACUGUCUGGAUGGUGCAACAGACUUCAAAGAGCUGAUUCCAGAAUUCUAUGAAAACGAUUCCAGUUUUCUAGUAAAUAGUCUGAAGCUGGACCUAGGGAAAAGACAGGGUGGAAAGAUGGUUGAACAUGUAGAACUUCCUCCUUGGGCAUUAGAUCCUGAUGACUUUCUUCAGAAGAGCCAAAAUGCCUUAGAAAGCCAGUAUGUGUCAGAACAUCUCCAUGAAUGGAUUAACUUAGUAUUUGGCUACAAGCAGAAGGGAAGUGAAGCCAUUGCAGCCCACAAUGUGUUUCAUCCAUUAACUUAUGAAGGUGGAGUGGAUUUGAACAGUAUUAUGGACCCCAAUGAGAAAGUAGCUCUGUUGACACAAAUCUUGGAAUUUGGACAGACACCAAAACAGUUGUUUACAACUCCUCAUCCCCGGAGGAUAAUACCGAAGUUCAAAAGUUUGUCUCGAACAUCGAAUCACAAUGUUUCCAUAGCUGAAUCUCCAGUUUCUCCAAGUGAAGAAUCUUUUGAAGAUUUGACAGAAGAAAGUAUAACGCUUGCAUGGAACAACAUUGCCAAACUAAAGUUAGAUGAGCAACAUAAAAUUCAUAAAGAGGAAAUUACUGGAAUAGCAGUCUCUUGCAAUGGGUCUUCAGUUUUCACUACAUCUCAAGAUUCAACCUUGAAGAUGUUUUCUAAAGAAUCAAAAACACUCCAAAGAAGUAUAUCCUUUUCAAACAUGGCUUUGUCAUCUUGUUUAAUCUUACCGGGAGAUACCACUGUCAUAAGUUCUUCGUGGGACAAUCAUAUCUAUUUUUAUUCAGUCGCAUUUGGAAGACGGCAAGACACCUUAAUGGGACAUGAUGAUGCCGUCAGCAAGAUCUGCUGGCAUGAUAAUCGCUUGUAUUCUGCAUCUUGGGACUCCACUGUAAAGGUGUGGCACUGUGUUCCUGCAGAGGUUCUGGGCACCAAAAGACAUCAAUGUGAAUUGCUUGCUGAGUUAGAACAUGAUGUUAGUGUAAAUACUAUCAACCUAAAUGCUGCAAAUGCAAUACUGGUGUCCGGAACCAAAGAAGGCACUAUUAGUAUUUGGGAUGUUACUACUGCCACUAUGUUGCACCAACUUUCAUGUCAUUCAGGGACCGUGUAUGAUGCUGCUUUUAGUCCUGACAGCAGACAUCUGCUCAGCACAGGAGAAGAUGGCUGUUUUAAAGUAAUAGAUGUGCAAACUGGAAUGCUCAUCUCUUCUAUGGCCUCAGAGCAUCCUCAAAGAUGUUUCAAAUGGGACGGACAUACUGUUUUAUCAGGAAGCCAGUCUGGAGAAUUGUUGGUUUGGGACCUUCUUGCAGGAAAAGUUAUUGAAAGAAUCAAAGGACAUACAGGUGCUGUAACAUGUAUGUGGAUGAAUGAGCAAUGCAGCAGUAUUAUCACAGGAGGGGAAGAUAAACAAAUCAUGUUCUGGAAACUGCAAUAUUAAGUGCCUUUUCCCUCCAGAUAUUUAAAUGAACUCAAUGUAUUUUAAACCAGACUUCGUAAAGGAACUUACCCAUGUGCAAUGAUGGCUGCUGAAGGUCAACCAAAAUAGAAAGCUUGGGUUAUCUAAAGCUUUCUAGCUUAUGGUGACUUCAUUUAAAGCUCUUGUACUGUAAUUUCCAUACUGUAAUAUUUUUGUUUGUAUUUCAUUAUGGCUGUCAUAUAUUGUCUCAACUUGAAAAUGCUUGUCUUCAUUUGAGAUGAGACUUAUUUUUCUGUAAUUAAAGAGAUUUUAACUUGCA